GGAGCUGCCAUUGGCUGGUUAGUCCUAUAUAAGGGCUGCAGUCAGGAGGCUGGCAACACAAGGCAGUCAGCUUCACAAUUGUCUUGAGUCUUGGAAAGGACCUGGGUUCACUCCACUGCAACUCUUGAUGGUUAAACAUCCUGGAAUGGCGAUCCUACUUCUUCUUUGUAUGUUGGCUGUGGCGGCAGUCCCAGCACAGGCGCAAUCAUGCAGCCAAACUUUUACUGCUAGAAGCGGAUUCGUGUCGUCUCCGUCAUACCCGAACCCGUACCCCAACAACCAGAACUGUACCUCCAUCAUCUGCGCCCCAGAGGGACAGCGCGUGACCAUCGUCAUCUUGACCUUUGAUACACAGUCUGGCACCAACGGCUGUGACCGGGACUAUGUUCAGAUUCGAGAUGGAAGUUCAGCCACGUCGCCUUCCUUGGGCACUUACUGCAACAAGUCCAUCCCUGCGGUGUUCAGGUCCGCCUACAACUGUCUGUACAUCAAGUUUGUAUCUGAUUCCUCUGUAUCAGGGACUGGAUAUUCUGCUAUUUACACUACAGGAUUCAAUCAACAAAAAUUUCUGCUCACGGCCAACAUACUUGUGGGCGCCAUUCACCGCCUCGAUCUCGACACCGGAAGCAACUUCAUCAUCCCACUGAGCGGCGUGCAGAGCCCUGUUGCUGUCGAUUACGACUAUGUCGAGGACCGCCUCUACUGGACAGAUGGGAAGGAGAAAACGAUCAACUCUGCUUCCCUCAACGGAAGUGACGUCAGAGUGGUCCGCAAUCUUGGCCCAAGCGCAGUGCCUGAUGGUCUCGCUGUGGACCAGAAGUCCAGGCUUCUCGUCUACACGGAUGCUGGCAACAAGCUCAUUGCGAUGAUGACGAUGAGCGGCAACAAGUACAAGACCAUCGUCAACACUGGCCUCAACAACCCGCGAGAUGUGGAGCUGGACAAGCGCAAUGGCAAGAUUUACUGGGGCGACUGGGGGGUCUCCCCUAAGAUAGAGCGAUGCAACUAUGAUGGCACCGGCCGGCAGGUUCUGGUCUCAGCAGCUCAGGGCAUCGGUUGGCCAAACGCCUUGGCCCUGGACCCACUGGGUUUGACAGUGUUCUGGGGAGACGCUCAAACAGACAAGAUAGGUAUGACGAACGUUGAGAACCAGACCACGACAGUGAUUGUUUCCAUACCCUCAACACACAUCUUUGGCAUGGACCUUUACAAGAACAAUCUUUAUGUCACAGACUGGGGGGCAGCAGGUAACCUGGGGCUGACCUCAGCCAUUCACCGCAUCGCCAACAACGGAACUAGCGCAGCCACCAUCGGGAGGGUCCUCGGCCACCUGGCGGACAUCGUAGUGUAUGCGGAGGAUUCCGUGGACAGAGCGCCAACGGCUGUACUGUGAACAAUGGCGGAUGCACUGACAUUUGCAUUCCACUCCCAGGAGACAGCAAGAAGUGCAUCACUCCAGAUCCUUCUGUUCCAGCUCCAGGCCGCCGUAGAAGAAGGUCACCUGAGAACAUCAAUGAAGUUAUCACGACUCGACGCGUCGCAAGGAGCGUAUCGGAGGGCGAGGAAAAUGGUGGUGUUGUGAAGUACUCCGGUGAGGUUGACCUCGGUAUCCUGUCCCCUACAGAUUAGACAACACCCAGCCCUACUUCACCCCUGCUCGGGACACCCCGGUGAAGACAACCUUCAGAAAGACCCUUGGAAAGUCGUCGUGUUUACUCCUCCUUAGACCUCCUUCACACUUUUUGUACUCCACCAUUCAUGAGUUCUCCUUAGAAAUUUCCCAAAGGAGCUUGCUAAUAAAUCUUACGAAAGGAGAUGAUUUUUUAAAUAAAUUUUCCUCACUGUUUCAUUUGUUUUUUCACCGUACAAUUCAGAAAUGAAACUUUUUUAAAGGCUAUGUUAUUCUGUUUUAUCGUUGUAUUUAUCUCUAUUAAUAGUGCAUAUCCACAAGUCCACAUUACAAAAUUGCUUCCUAUUUGUUUUUUUUCUUUCCCGUCUGUAAAAAUAAAGCAUGAA